CCGAUUCGGAAUCCGGAGUUUUUAUCAGAAGUUUUUAAUCCAUUGCAAAUAUUUCGUAGCGCAGAAUACCCAACCGUACGAAAUAAAGGAUUUUCCAAACUACUCUUUCUAACUGCUAAAUUUGAAAACCGGAAAAACUGCUUUCAACUUGCUGUGUGCUGAUCGUCGAAGAAGGACGUCCAGCUCAUGUCACGUGAUUCACGAUUAUGUAGAAACGAGCCGAUGGAAUUUCCACCUGUUAUACUUACAAAAUGAACGUACAAGUAUUUCUGGCUUUGCUUCUGGAAACGGCCUUGUCUUAUCCUCAAGAAAAUCAUGGACUGGACUGGAGAAACCUUGAUUUUGGAUUGUUCCAUGGGCCAAGUUACAGCCAACCGGAGGAAUAUAACCCUAAUCCCGUCCCCGAUGCGUGUCGCUGCGUCCCUCAUGGUCAGUGUGAACAGAGUGUCAAUAUACCCCCGACAGCAGUCCAUGUAGAAUCUCAACACAAUCCAGUAAAUUCAUACAAGUGCGGUCCGUCUUUACAUCUUUGCUGUUCGACUUCUGAAAGAAAAACCAACAACCAACCUUCUAAGCAACAGUGUGGCACCAAGACCUCCAGUAACAUCAACCAACGCAUUCUUCCCUCCUCCAGAAAACUUGGUCUAGCUGAUUUUGGUGAAUGGCCUUGGCAGGCAGUGGUUCUGAAAUUGGACGGAAAUGUAAACAUUUUUCAGUGUGGAGGUACUUUAAUAGACAAACUCCACGUGCUUACCAUCGCCCAUUGUGUUUACCAGUACACAUCUAGUAACGAAUACCCCUUGAAAGUUCGACUGGGGGAAUGGGAUACCCAGAAUGAUCAGGAACCUAUAAUCCACCAAGACUACAGAAUAUCGAACAUAUACAUACAUCCCAAAUACGACCAUGAAAGGAAGAACCUCAAGGAUGAUAUAGCUAUUUUGAAACUAGAUAAGGAGGUUUCGUUCGGUCCACACAUUAAUUCUGUUUGUCUGCCCUAUUCCGAAGAAACAUUCGAAGGUCUUCAUUGUGUUGUUACUGGAUGGGGUAAAGAUGCUUAUACAAAUGGCUCCUACUCCAACGUCCUUAAAGAAAUCCUUCUGCCUGUGAUUAGCAACGACAGGUGUCAGGAGCUUCUCAGGAAGACACGGUUAGGCAAGUUCUACCAGUUGUAUGAUAGUUUUAUUUGCGCUGGUGGAGAAAAGGACAAGGAUUCCUGCAAGGGUGAUGGAGGUGGUCCUCUGUCGUGUUUGAGGAGGGAUGGUACAUACGGAUUGGCAGGCAUUGUGUCCUGGGGUAUUGACUGUGGUGACCCUGACGUGCCUGGUGUUUACAUAAGAAUCCAGAAAUACAUUGAUUGGAUCACCGAUAUCACCAAUCGUCCAAUCACCGACUUCUGGCCAAACUAACAGCUUCAUCUAGUCAGACGAUAUUAGUAUCUAUUAGCUCAUCCUUUAUCAGUUCGUGUAGUAAAAUGAAAACCACGCCUAGAUACCGUUUCCAAAUAUACUUUUAAUUGGCACUAAUAGUAACAAUAGAUUCUGAAUAUAAAUUCAUCUGCUUUUUUUUAAAAGAAUAAUAUUCAAUUUUCUAACAAGACAACUGUUUAGUGGCAUAAUGCGAUAUGUUGACGAUAAACAGUUGGGAACAACAAGAACAAAAUACUAAUAAAUUUGGGAUGGAACAUUCAUUUGAAAAGCAUAAUAUUUUGACUAUUAAAUACAUUAUUGACUAGGGCAAAUAUAAUUCGACAUAAGUUUAUAACCUGCUGACUACUCGUGUUUUGAACAACUUAGAGUGAAUUCAAUCCAAUAAAUAUUAGUUUCGUGAUGUACUUUUUUAUAGGGAGUUACUACAUUGGUGUUAAUUAAUUAACAGAACCUAUAAUCUUAGUAAUACGUUGAUUGGGAUUGAUUGUUUUUCUGUUUAGUGGCUCUUUUUUUUUGUAAACUUAACAUUGUACUAAGCUCUCCAGUAAAAUAGCUUUCAUUUUGACCAAUCACUUUGUCUCAGGGCUUCCAUAUUAUCUUAUGUAUAUGUUCUAAUUAAAAUUUCAUUUUGAUUUGGUUUAAAUAAAUAAGUAAUGGCAUCCUUCGUCUGUUGUCAAACAUUUACUGGUGGUGGUUAAAGGUAGAACGUAUUGGAUAACGUGUAAACGUAAAUAAAGAAAUAAUGGCAUCCUU